UCGGACGGUUGGCUUUUCAGGAGUCGACCGCACGCUGCGCCGAAGUAUAGCAAAGUAGUGAAACAAUACGUGGAUUUGGGACGACUCGUAACUAAUCUAAAUGAGGGAAAGUAUGCCACGAAUAUAGAGUUCUUCCGCGACGUCUUACUGAUAAUAAAUAACGCCAUUUUCUCCAAUAACUGCGAUUCCCACGAGUAUAAGGCCUGCCAGUCGUUGUCCGUGUAUUUCGAGGAACUGGUCGGAGAGUGUGACAUCAAUAUGAGACAACUGUCCGUCAGAGCCAAGCGCUGCUGAUCAUAGUUUUACCGGUAAUACGGGUGUUGUUAACCACCAGUUUUUGUUAAGCCAAUAGUACGGCUAAUAAAUCGAUACUAAACUCCAUUUUAAU